AAAACUCUUAAGCUUUAUCCCCUGCCAAUAAAAUGUCCCCACCCAACCCUGCCCCAGCUAAGGUCUAGCGAACCCCUUCUCCGUCCUUGGCCACAAGGUGGCACCCUUUGGACUUUCUUCGCCCCCCAAAAAAACUAAGAAAGGAGGGCAGAGGGGAGGGAGCAAAGACACCGCACUGCCCCAACCAAGAACAAUUUGAAAACCCACCCAUCAUACUUAAAAUCUAGGACAAAGAGCCGUCGGGACGAAACUGCUUCGACUGCAAAGCUUGAAGAGCAGCCUGGGAGCGGCUUGGUGGCCCGAGCCCAGCAGCUCCACGGAGCACAGCGCCUUGGGGUCCCUGAAACCCGAAACCUAGGCACUGAACCAGCGGAAGCCAGGAAGAAAUCCUUGAACUUCUCUGGACAAUUGCUUCCGGGCGUUUUGCAGGGAGUUUGGGGACCCCACCGGAGCCCAGGGCUCAUAUGGAGCGUCCCUGAUGUCCCACGGACGCAAGGGAGGCCAGCGCUCCGGCUGCAGCAUGGACCGCCCGGGGCGACUGGGCGCGGGCCUGCGGGGACUCUGCGUGGCUGCGCUCGUGCUCGUGUGCGCAGGACACGGGGGCCGCCGCGAGGACGGGGGACCUGCUUGCUACGGGGGAUUUGAUCUCUACUUCAUCCUGGACAAGUCAGGAAGCGUGCUGCACCAUUGGAACGAAAUCUACUACUUUGUGGAGCAGCUGGCUCAUAGAUUCAUCAGCCCACAGCUAAGGAUGUCCUUUAUUGUCUUCUCUACUCGAGGGACAACUUUAAUGAAGCUAACUGAGGACAGGGAACAGAUCCGGCAAGGCCUAGAAGAACUCCAGAAAGUUCUGCCAGGAGGGGACACCUACAUGCACGAAGGAUUUGAAAGGGCCAGCGAGCAGAUUUAUUAUGAAAGCAGUCAAGGGUAUCGGACAGCGAGCGUCAUCAUCGCGCUGACAGACGGGGAGUUACAUGAAGAUCUCUUCUUCUACUCAGAGAGGGAGGCUAACAGAUCCCGAGACCUUGGUGCGAUCGUUUACUGCGUUGGCGUGAAGGAUUUCAAUGAAACCCAGUUGGCUCGGAUUGCAGACAGUAAGGACCACGUGUUUCCUGUGAAUGAUGGCUUCCAGGCUCUUCAGGGCAUCAUCCACUCGAUUUUAAAGAAAUCCUGCAUCGAAAUUCUAGCAGCUGAACCGUCCACCAUAUGUGCAGGAGAAUCCUUUCAAGUGGUUGUCAGAGGAAAUGGCUUCCGACAUGCCCGCAAUGUGGACAGGGUCCUCUGCAGCUUCAAGAUCAAUGACUCAGUCACACUCAAUGAGAAGCCCUUCGCUGUGGAAGAUACUUACUUGCUGUGCCCGGCACCCAUCUUAAAAGAAGUUGGCAUGAAAGCCGCCCUGCAAGUCAGCAUGAACGAUGGCCUGUCCUUCAUCUCCAGUUCCGUCAUCAUCACCACCACACACUGUUCGGACGGCUCCAUCCUGGCAAUUGCCCUGCUGAUCCUCUUCCUCCUGCUGGCCCUGGCACUGCUCUGGUGGUUCUGGCCCCUCUGCUGCACGGUGAUCAUCAAGGAGGUUCCCCCGCCCCCUGUGGAGGAGAGUGAGGAAGAAGACGAUGAUGGUCUGCCAAAGAAGAAAUGGCCCACGGUAGACGCCUCUUACUAUGGUGGGCGCGGCGUGGGAGGCAUUAAAAGGAUGGAGGUCCGCUGGGGAGAGAAGGGCUCCACAGAAGAAGGGGCUAAGCUGGAAAAGGCGAAGAAUGCGAGAGUCAAGAUGCCAGAGCAAGAGUACGAGUUCCCCGAACCCCGAAAUCUCAACAACAACAUGCGCCGGCCUUCUUCUCCCCGGAAGUGGUACUCGCCCAUCAAGGGCAAACUCGAUGCCUUGUGGGUUCUGCUAAGGAAGGGAUAUGACCGAGUGUCCGUGAUGAGGCCACAGCCGGGAGACACGGGGCGCUGUAUCAACUUCACCAGAGUGAAGAACAGUCAGCCAGCCAAGUACCCCCUCAACAACACCUACCACCCCAGCUCUCCACCUCCGGCUCCUAUCUACACACCCCCACCCCCUGCUCCCCACUGCCCUCCCCCAGCCCCCAGCGCCCCUACCCCUCCCAUCCCUUCCCCACCAUCCACUCUCCCGCCUCCACCUCAGGCCCCACCCCCUAACAGGGCACCACCCCCCUCUCGACCUCCUCCAAGGCCUUCUGUCUAGAACCUAAAGUCUAUGCUCUGGGCUGCCCAAGAAACUCCAGCAGAGACUCCUCUGCUGACAGGAAGAUCUGCCCAGCCCACGUGGUGAGCGGCAGCCGAUGUUUCACGAUUUAAAAGCAAGUCGUGAUGGGCAGAACAAAGUGGAAAUUCUGAACUGCCCAGAGACAAACUAUGAGACAAUGAUAGUCACACUCCUAGCCUGUGGCCCCAUUAUGUCUAGAGGAAGGUUCCUGAGAUGUUCACACUGCCAAGAUGCUCUCAGCUAGAUCACGUCCCAUGGAGACCAGGAAGACAGUGAUUUCUGAGAGUGGAACGCAGCAUUGGAUAAGAAAAGCCCAGCUGAGAUUCUGGAUGCUGCCUCCCUGGCUUGACUCUUGACCCUUGGACUGGGAACCAGGCCGUCCUCAUCCCUGGGUACCACACAACAACUUGGAAAACGUGUGGUGUCCCUAGUGUGCAUCAAGCAGGUAUCUGGCUAGGGUCUACAGGUUGUGCUUUUAAGGGCUAUGCUCUGUUCCCUUUCCCAAAGCUCCCAUUUUCCCAGUGAGGAGGGAAGCAGGUGUCUGCCCUGGGAAAGGUGUGUUGCCAUGCUGGGAG